AUGGGUAAAGAAUACCAUACCGCUCGGAAAUGGCACCACAUCCGCUGGUUCGCUCCGGACGACACCAAGGAGGAACGUCGGCUGAUCUGGAAGCUCGAUUUACUCAUCGUUCCCUAUGUGUUUCUGGCUUAUUGGACAAAGUAUAUUGACCAGGCGAAUAUAAACAAUGCAUACGUCGGAGGUCUCAAGGAAGACCUUGGGUUUCAUGGUAAUGAGCUUGUACAUCUCCAGACCAUCUAUGUCGUCGGUGCGGUUCUGGGGCAGCUACCCUUUUUGUUCUUGUCGACACGCAUCCCGCUUCACUGGUUGAUUCCAGUUCUCGACAUUGCCUGGGGGAUCUUCACGUUGUUGCAGUACCGUGUAAACAGCUACGCCGAGUUGAUGGCAUACCGAUUCAUGGUGGGCUGGUUCGAGGCUGCUUUCUUUCCCCUCGUCCAUGUGAUUUUCGGGUCCUGGUACAAAGGCCACGAGAUUGCUCGCCGUGGUGGCUUCUUCUAUGUCGGCCUCACUCUCGGCACAUUGACUGCUGGUCUCAUUCAAGCGGGUGCAUCUAGUCGACUAGAUGGCGUCCACGGCCUUGCGGGCUGGCGGUGGAUGUAUAUAAUCUGUGCCAUAAUCACUGUUCCAAUCGGCAUACUUGGCUACUUCGUCCUUCCCGGCACCCCUGCCCAGCCGAAUCGAUUGUUUUUGAAGCAGAGCGAUAUUGACCUGGCCGAGGCACGUCUAAAGCGUGACGGGCACAACACGUCUGGUGAAAAGGCCGGGCUGGGGACCAUCAGACAGGUCCUCACCAACGGUCGCUUCUGGGCUUUGUUGCUACUCGACAUCUUCUUCUGGAACGGAUCCAUCAAUACUUCAAGUGGGGGCUUCUUACUCUGGCUCAAGAGCCUCAAUCGAUAUUCGAAGGCGCGAGUCAAUGAGCUGGGAUCAGCUUCUCCCGCCCUGGGGAUAUUUUACACACUGUUCAUCUGCUUCAGCUCAGACCUCCUCUGGGGCCCUGCCUGGGCCAUAACGGUCGCCCAUACCUGGAACAUUAUCGGCUUGAUCAUCCUGGUGGUGUGGGACGUCUCGGAAUCGGCAAAAUGGUUCGCCUUCAUGACGACGUACUCGGCCGUCGCCAUGUCGAGUGUGUUGUACGGGUGGGUGAAUACUCAACUGCGAUACUCACCGGCUCAGAGGGCGUUUGUGCUGGUUCUGAUCAACACGGUCUCGCAGUCGACGACGGCGUGGACACCACUGUUGGUCUUCAAGACCGUAGAGGCACCACGCUUCCCCAAAGGCUACGCGUUCGUGCUGGCCAAUGCGGUCUGUCUGAUCGCUCUGGCCCAUAUGAUCAAGUUGUACAUUGGACGAAGAGCGCGUGUUGUCGAAGAUGUUUCUGAUGAUGGCAACGAGACUGGGUCCAACAAGUCAAGUGGUAGUGGACGCAGCGAUGGACUUGUGGGGAGAGUUGAGGAAGAGACACUUGACAACAAGGCAACCGAUACUGCUGCUCAAGAUACCGCGAUCGUGAUACAGGAGCGCUCUGUGUAA